AUGUCCAAUCUUCUCCCUCAGCCCAGCGCAAAGCUGGCUCAGACAGAGUGGUCUUCACUCUAUGAGCAGCAGGAACCAAAGCCAUCCACCGGUUCCCAUGUAACUCUGCCAUCGUUUACCAAGCUUGCCAACCCGGCCCCGCUGGGUCUCUUCGGGUUUUCGGUCACAAGUAUUGUGUUUGGGCUGUACAAUUGCGGUGCAGGACUGCCCAACUCCAAUCCACGAGGAAGCUCCGGUCCAGAUCAAGCUGCCUUUGGCCUUGCGCUGUUCAUGGGAGGCAUGAUCCAAAUCAUCGUUGGCCUCAUGGAGUUCCGAUCCGGCAAUACUCUAGGUACCACCAUUCACUCUGCGUACGGCGCGUACUGGUUGGCCUAUGCAAUGCUCAAGAUCCCUGGAUUGCACAUACACGAGGCAUAUGCAGACGAACGAUCAUACACAUUUGCACUCGGCAUAUUCCUCAUCAUUUGGGCACUGUUGACGAUUGUUUUUAUGCUUGCGUCGCUGCAUUCCAAUGUCUUGAAUCUGCUUGUGUUUGUCUUCCUCGCGCUGUCGUACCUGUUCGCUGCCAUAGCCAAUUUUAUCGCAACCUCGCUGCCCGAGCAGAGCAUCCAGGUAAAUAAAGUUGGCGGCGCAUGUGGUGUUAUUUGUGGAACGAUAGCCUUUUACUGUGCAGCUGCAGGUUUGAUGUCACCAGAGAUGACUCCUGUCCGGCUUCCCCUGGGCCCGAUUCCAUGGACCAAGGAACAUGUAGUGUGA